UUAUGUUCCGUGUGUUUUUGUUGAUAGAAGUAACCUAGCGUUCUAAAAUGGUUGACAAGACUCCUUAUAAUUGUGUUUUAUCCCAAACGUUUUCCCCAUGUGGCAAUUAUUUAGUUUGUGGAAAUAACUAUGGGAAUAUUGUUGUAUAUAAUUUGACUAAUAUUCUUAACAAAUCUGAAAACAACCCGAAAAAAUCGCCAAGUUGUUCUUUUACUUCUCCUAACCAUGAACAGAUAUGCAGUAUGGUGUCGACAAAUAGAUUUUGCAUCACAGGGACUGUUGGAGUUAUAUAUGGAUGGGAGUGGGAUUCUCUCAAAGAAGGGAAACCUCAAUUACAAUGGAAGAUUAACUUACCUUCACCUCAGAAACGGUUUGAUCAGAUUGACAUUAAUUCCCUUUUUGUCACCGAGGAUGACCAAGUUAAAUAUCUGUAUGCUGGUUGCGGAGACAAUAAAAUAUAUGUUUUUAGUUUGGAAGAUGGAAAACUAGUCAGGACAUUUGAGGGUCAUAAUGAUUACCUUCAUAGUAUUAAGCACUGUGACUGGCAGAUGGUGUCUGGUAGCGAAGAUGGCACUGCACGCCUAUGGGAUCUGCGUCAGUAUGCUCUGACUGCAAUGGUUGAACCAGCUUCUGAGCAUAGUUUAGCAAGACCGCAUUUGGGCAAAUGGAUUGGUGAUGUUGACGUCAAUAGCAAUUGGCUUAUAUGUGGUGGGGGGUCGAGAGCUGGUCUAUGGGACAUGAGAAGUUUAGAACUUUCUGCUGCUUUUUCUGAGACUCAUGAUGCUGGAGUCCAUGUUACUAAACUUCAUGAGGACUCAGUGAUGAUUGGUGGAAAUGAUGAUUUCUUUUAUAGAUUUGAUUUAAAAGGAGAGGUACUCUCUAAGAUUGAAACAUCUUCAUCUACAAUAUAUUCUGCAGUUAAUAUUGAGAAGCCAGUUGAGGUGCUUAGUUUGGCCGGCUCUAGUAACAGUAUUGAUUUGUGUACAGAUCUCUCUUACCGUUACCAGGUUCUUUCAUUUUUUGAUGAGGCUGCGUAAUGCUUCAACUUUUAAAUAUAUCAUGUAAAUAUUGUUUUAUAUUAUUUCUGUUUCAAAUUUUUUGUUUAGCAUUUAAUCAGAGGAAACUUAGACUAUAGAAGAACUGUGUUAUUUUAAUUUCAGAGAUAUCAAUUGUAAUUGUAAAAAUCAUGUUUUUGUUACUAUAUUUUAGUAAAAGAGAGAGGAUAUUAUUUAUAUUGAAAUACUUUACAUAUAUUUAAAAUAUGUUGACUUAAAAAAGAAUUAUAUUAUCUUUUAUAGUUAUAUAAAGGAAUAUUUGAAAUGAAGUAUAUAACAUACACACGUACUUGAAGAAUUGUUGUA